CAUGACUUUCGACAUCAUAUUUUGGGUUUAAAUAAUCAUGAUGGAGGGUUCCUUAAGUAAAUGGACGAAUGUGAUGAAAGGUUGGCAGUAUCGGUGGUUCGUUUUGGAUGAAAAUGCCGGACUCCUCUCCUACUACACGUCUAAAGAGAAGAUGACACGCGGCGUUCGGCGAGGCUGUGUGCGUCUACGCGCAGCCGUCAUAGGUAUAGACGACGAAGACGAUUCAACGUUCACCAUCACCGUCGAUCACAAGACUUUUCAUUUCCAGGCCCGAGACGGUUCAGAACGUGAGCGCUGGGUCCGCGCCCUCGAAGACACGAUCUCCCGACACGGUCGUCGGUCGCGCUGGUCGCGGAGCGUUCCAGCGCCGAGCGCGCGGCAUGGCGACCUCGAGCGGCGGAUAGCCGAGGCGGACGCGUACCUGCAGAUCAUGAUCGAGCUGGUGGAGAAAAUGACACUCAGGGUGUCAGAGCUGGGUGACCCGCAUGAGAAGGCGAAAGGACAAGUUAUAUUAGACCAUUCCAAUGCAAUGUUGGAUAACAUAAAACAUUCCAUAGUGCUUCUACAAAUAGCUAAGAAUACAGUAAAUCCCGUAAACGGUGUCUACCAAGGACCAACAAGUACCUCACAAACACAUAUCAAACAAGGGUCUUCAGACGUUUCCCCGCACGUGGAGCUGGGCUCCGAAUGUCGGGAACUGUCUACUUCUACACACUCACUGCCAUUGGAAGCCAUCGAUGCGACAAGGCAAGCCAUGUCGCUGUUAGUCCCCGACACAUCGUACUCGUCGUCUGAAGGAGAAGACGACUUCUACGACGCGGACGAUGGAGUGGAAGACACGCAGCCGGGACCUAGUGCAAGUCGGACUUGCCCGGCAGAGGGCGCGCCUGAGCCGGACUCAGCGCCGCCCGUCGACCUGCCGCGAACGAGAGAUGGAGAGAUCGACUAUGACGCGUUAUACGAGGAGGAGUCAGACAGCGACCUCGGUUCGAUGGAGAACCAUGGGUCCGUGGUUACGCAUCUACUGUCACAGGUCAAGAUUGGAAUGGACCUUACCAAGGUCGUCCUCCCCACUUUUAUCCUAGAAAGGCGAUCGUUGCUAGAGAUGUACGCGGACUCUUUCGCACAUCCCGACCAGUUUGUCAAGAUAGUAGACCAGCCAACGCCCCGCGACCGCAUGAUCCAAGUGGUCCGGUGGUACCUGAGCUCAUACCACGCCGGACGCAAGUCGCAAGUGGCCAAGAAACCGUACAACCCCAUCCUAGGCGAGGUGUUCCGAUGCUACUGGGACCUGGAUGCUAAUGAAUCACAACCCCAGGACAAGCUACAAGAAGUAGGCGACGGGCCGGUUCCCUGGUGCACGCCCGAGCAGCUCUCGUUCGUGGCCGAGCAGGUGUCGCACCACCCGCCCAUCUCGGCGUUCUACGCGGAACACGUUAAUAAACGAAUACAGUUUGAAGCGUGGGUAUGGACAAAAAGCAAGUUCCUAGGGCUGUCGAUCGGCGUCCACAACAUCGGUAAAGGCACUGUCACACUUUUAGACACCGGCGAAGAGUAUACGCUUACUUUCCCUAACGGAUACGGCAGAUCAAUACUAACGGUUCCGUGGAUCGAGCUCGGCGGCUCCGUUUGCAUAGAGUGCGUACAGACCGGCCACAAGGCCAACGUGGAGUUCCUCACCAAGCCCUUCUACGGGGGCAAGAAACACCGCGUGACGUGCGAAGUCUUCGCCGGGGCGGAGAAGAAACCGUAUUACACGGCGCAGGGGGAGUGGAAUACUAGGGUGGACGGUCGGUGGACAGAGUCAGGGCGCAACGAAGUCCUCUUCGAGGUAUCAAACAUGAAGCCGCGGCGCAAGCGCGUGGCGCCCGUGUCGCGCCAGCAGCCGCACGAGUCGCGCCGCGUGUGGCGCCACGUCACCGCCGCGCUGCGGGCGCAGGACUGCGAGCAGGCCACGCUGGCCAAGAGCAGGGUCGAGCAGGCGCAGCGGGACCAGGCCAAGCAGAGGGCGGCCACCGGGGACAAGUGGAACACGCAGGUAUGUAGCGCGGGACUGCGAGCAGGCCACGCUGGCCAAGAGCAGGGUCGAGCAGGCGCAGCGGGACCAGGCCAAGCAGAGGGCGGCCACCGGGGACAAGUGGAACACGCAGGUAUGUAGCGCGGGACUGCGAGCAGGCCACGCUGGCCAAGAGCAGGGUCGAGCAGGCGCAGCGGGACCAGGCCAAGCAGAGGGCGGCCACCGGGGACAAGUGGAACACGCAGGUAUGUAGCGCGGGACUGCGAGCAGGCCACGCUGGCCAAGAGCAGGGUCGAGCAGGCGCAGCGGGACCAGGCCAAGCAGAGGGCGGCCACCGGGGACAAGUGGAACACGCAGGUAUGUAGCGCGGGACUGCGAGCAGGCCACGCUGGCCAAGAGCAGGGUCGAGCAGGCGCAGCGGGACCAGGCCAAGCAGAGGGCGGCCACCGGGGACAAGUGGAACACGCAGGUAUGUAGCGCGGGACUGCGAGCAGGCCACGCUGGCCAAGAGCAGGGUCGAGCAGGCGCAGCGGGACCAGGCCAAGCAGAGGGCGGCCACCGGGGACAAGUGGAACACGCAGGUAUGUAGCGCGGGACUGCGAGCAGGCCACGCUGGCCAAGAGCAGGGUCGAGCAGGCGCAGCGGGACCAGGCCAAGCAGAGGGCGGCCACCGGGGACAAGUGGAACACGCAGGUAUGUAGCGCGGGACUGCGAGCAGGCCACGCUGGCCAAGAGCAGGGUCGAGCAGGCGCAGCGGGACCAGGCCAAGCAGAGGGCGGCCACCGGGGACAAGUGGAACACGCAGGUAUGUAGCGCGGGACUGCGAGCAGGCCACGCUGGCCAAGAGCAGGGUCGAGCAGGCGCAGCGGGACCAGGCCAAGCAGAGGGCGGCCACCGGGGACAAGUGGAACACGCAGGUAUGUAGCGCGGGACUGCGAGCAGGCCACGCUGGCCAAGAGCAGGGUCGAGCAGGCGCAGCGGGACCAGGCCAAGCAGAGGGCGGCCACCGGGGACAAGUGGAACACGCAGGUAUGUAGCGCGGGACUGCGAGCAGGCCACGCUGGCCAAGAGCAGGGUCGAGCAGGCGCAGCGGGACCAGGCCAAGCAGAGGGCGGCCACCGGGGACAAGUGGAACACGCAGGUAUGUAGCGCGGGACUGCGAGCAGGCCACGCUGGCCAAGAGCAGGGUCGAGCAGGCGCAGCGGGACCAGGCCAAGCAGAGGGCGGCCACCGGGGACAAGUGGAACACGCAGGUAUGUAGCGCGGGACUGCGAGCAGGCCACGCUGGCCAAGAGCAGGGUCGAGCAGGCGCAGCGGGACCAGGCCAAGCAGAGGGCGGCCACCGGGGACAAGUGGAACACGCAGGUAUGUAGCGCGGGACUGCGAGCAGGCCACGCUGGCCAAGAGCAGGGUCGAGCAGGCGCAGCGGGACCAGGCCAAGCAGAGGGCGGCCACCGGGGACAAGUGGAACACGCAGGUAUGUAGCGCGGGACUGCGAGCAGGCCACGCUGGCCAAGAGCAGGGUCGAGCAGGCGCAGCGGGACCAGGCCAAGCAGAGGGCGGCCACCGGGGACAAGUGGAACACGCAGGUAUGUAGCGCGGGACUGCGAGCAGGCCACGCUGGCCAAGAGCAGGGUCGAGCAGGCGCAGCGGGACCAGGCCAAGCAGAGGGCGGCCACCGGGGACAAGUGGAACACGCAGCUAUUCAGCCCGAUGGGGGAGGACGCGUGGGAGUACAACGCGCCGCUGCGCAAGCGCCGCGAGCGCCGCGACGACAGCGAGCGGUAAUGUCGUCGCGUCGCCGUCGCGUUGUCGCCAUGUUGCCCCCGUGUUGCCGCCGUGUCGCCAGCGCGUUGCUCGGAGACUGGGCCUGUUUCAAGGGCGUUCCACUAGUGUCAUUCGCCGAAUGCUGCGAGGGUCGGUGGCAUCAAACCGUCUGUCCCCGUUAAAGCGUUUUCUAAAUUGUAUUGUAUGGGAAGUUUCAUAGAUCUGUGCUGCGUGAUGUUGAUUAGUCUGUUAACUGUUGUUGGUGCAACUGGCCCUUAAAGGUGCUGAUAGACUGUAUCAAUCACUUUUAAUGAGCAUUCUUGCAAACUGCGAACGCUUGUUCUGCUCAAGUCUAUCAGCACCUUAAUA